AUGGUACCACACCCUGGAAAUUGCUUCGUGGCUCCUGAUGUUCUUACUCAUUUGGUGCCAAAACUACAGCGCUUAAGGGUCUUAUCUUUUUAUGGAUAUCGGAUUUCAGAGUUACCAAAUGAAAUUAGCAAUUUGAAACAGUUACGAUAUCUCGACCUUUCUUAUACCAAAAUCGAAACUCUGCCGGGAUCAGUCAAUCAUCUUUACAAUUUACAGACACUCAUAACAGAAUAUUUUGUUGUAGGCAAAGGCAUUGGCUCCAGAUUAGGAGAUUUGAAGUCCUUAAAGCAUCUCCAGGGCACAUUAAGGAUUUCAAGAUUGGAGAAUGUAAAUGAGGCUACAGAUGCCAAGGAAGCUGACUUGAAUGGGAAGAAGAGCCUUAAUGUACUACUGUUGGAAUGGACUAUCACUGAUAAUUGCAGGAAGACAGAGAUCGAGACGAGUGUGCUGGACAUGUUGCAACCUCAUAUAAAUCUGAAAGAGCUCAUUAUCCGGGGUUAUGGUGGUACAAAAUUUCCUAGUUGGUUAGGAGAUUCCUCAUUCUCAAAUUUAGUCCUCUUAAGAUUUGAAGAUUGUAGCAGAUGUACUUCAUUGCCACCAGUGGCACAAUUACCCUCGCUCAAGUGCCUUGUAAUCACAGGAAUGGGUGGAGUAAAGAGAGUGGGCUCAGAGUUCUAUGGAAAUGGUUGCUCGAAUUAUUUUCCAUCGCUAGAGUCUCUUACUUUCAAGGAUAUGAAAGAAUGGGAAGACUGGAUUUCUCAUGGACCUGAUCUAGAAGCUGAGGGUUUCUCUAACCUGAAAGAGCUUUUUAUUGUAAACUGUUCUAAACUGGUAGGAAGAUUGCCAGAACAUCUUCCUUCUUUGGAAAGGCUUGUCAUUAAAAGUUGCAGACGAUUGCUGGUGUCAGUUCCACUUCUUCCAAGACUCUGUAGAUUGGAGAUUGAUGGAUGUAAAGAGAUAACGGUGAGAAGCACAAUGAAGCUCAGCUCAUUUUAUUCAGUAGUUCUUUCUGAUGUUUCAAGUCCUGUGAUUCUAGACCAGUUUAUGCGAGGGUUGUGCCUUGAUCAACUGGUCAUUGGACACUGUCCCCAACUUCUAUCCUUGGCGGCGGAGGAAGAAGAAGAGCAUCAGCAGCAAUUGUUGCCUUGUAAACUUCAGUAUCUAGAACUGAGAGAUUGCAAUUGCCUUGUGAAGUUGCCACAAGCAUUGCUCAACAUUACUUCUCUCAGAAAGAUUUAUAUCACAAAGUGCCCGAAUCUUAUUUCAUUUCCAGAGAACCCAUCUUCCUAUGAAUCUAAAGAGGUUGAAGAUAUCGUUUUGCAUGAAUUUACAGNAAAUUAG